AUGCAUUCGCGGUAUGUAACAGCGAUGCUUGCCCCAACCCUCGAUCCCCCCUCUCCUCCUCCUCCUCCUCCUCCUCCUCUCGUAUCGGCCGCAUCCGCAUUCGUUUCGCUCACGGGCAGCCAUACAUUGGAGCUCAUCAGUGCAAUGCCGUCUUGGUCGCAGCCACUCUGUGUAAGACAGUCCGAUGGACGCAUGUUACAGUACAAUGUCCUGCUCUGCGUGAAGUUGACGAACUGCUUAGCCGCGAGCCGGCCUGGCAUGUUCACUGGCCCCGAGCAAGAAGGCACGAUGCUUGUUGUUCAGCUCCCGGACCCGGGGAUGUGCGUAGAUGCCAUCAUAUUGAAUGUGCUGAACCAUGAAACUGGGCGGCAGGUGUACUACAAGACCCUCAUUACUGCACUGGUUCACUUCGUUAUAUACGAGCAACAAAUGACGAUGCGUUGGAAGGCUACUGUCCCAACCCAUAGUUGUUAUCUGAUCGCCCUGGAAGACCGUGGAGAUUUCUGGUCCGUCAUACAAUGCCUUGGGGACUGCAAGGCCGACGUACAACACCGCCAAGCUGCAACGAUAGAGCACUUCAAGAACCUCGAACGCACGUUCAACGUCGUCGCAGGAACUGCGCUGCAUGCGGUGUUCCAGGAUAUAGGCAAGCCGAUACACGUCUCGCUUUUCAAUCGCUGCCUAUCCAUGGUGGCGGGAUGGAUCUGGAUUCUGAUCGAUAUCCUUGCUUCCGUAUACAACUGUUUACGCCGCACCGGGCAGGGAUCGUAG